AGAGAGAAGCGAGUAGAAAGAGAACAGCUUUUUUGUGGUGCUAUCCAUAACUGCGAGCGAGAGCGAGAGCGAGAGCGAGAAUGAGUGAGUGAUUAAAUUUGUUAAAUUAUUCGAGUUUUGAGGAAAAACAAAAUCAAUUGCUGCAAGAAAGGAGGAAAGAUGUCAAUCCCGUCAGUAUCGAUUUGGAGAGCAACGAUUCCAAUUGGCCAUAAUGCUCACAAUCAUCCCCUUUCUCUCAAAUGCUCUUUCAUCAACAACGGCAGUAAUCCAUUUCUGCUCCAACUGCACCGUCCGGACCAUUUGAAACUGUGCAGCAGGAAAGGGAAGGGCAUGGUGGUCAGAAUGGGGUACGAGGCAGGGGUGGGAGUGAUGGGGACCAAGCUGGGCAUGAUGAGCUACUUCGAGCCCGACGGCAAGGUCGUCCCGGUCACCGUGGUGGGAUUUAAAGAAGGAAACGUCGUGACCCAGGUCAAGACCGAGGCCACUGACGGCUACAACGCCGUCCAGCUCGGCUACCGGAGAGUCAGGGACCGCAAGCUCACAAAGCCGGAGCUGGGUCAUUUGCAGAAGGUGGAUGCCAUUCCUAUGCGCCAUCUUCAGGAGUUUCGCUUGGUGUCCGUGGAUGGCUUUGAGCCCAACCAGCGGCUUGUGUUUGAUGAGAUUUUCAAGGAGGGUGAUCUUGUUGAUGUCGCCGGUACCACCAUUGGCAAGGGCUUCCAAGGUGGAAUCAAGCGGCACAACUUUAAAAGGGGUCCAAUGACCCAUGGUUCCAAGAGUCAUAGAGCUCUUGGAUCCAUUGGUGCUGGAACAACACCAGGUCGUGUAUACAAGGGAAAGAAGAUGCCUGGAAGGAUGGGAGGAACCAAGACAAAGAUCAGAAAGCUUAAGAUUGUCAAAGUUGACAAUGAUCUUAAUGUUGUCAUGAUUAAAGGUGCUGUUCCUGGUAAGCCAGGAAAUCUUUUGAGGAUAACUCCGGCAAAGAUUGUUGGGAAGAAUAUUCCUAAGAAUUAGCUUCUUUUUUUUAAUAUUUUUUUGGGUUAGAUCUUCCUUUUUUUACUUGUUUUAUUGUUGUGUAUUUUUGCAUUGUCAAAUUACUUUAAGUCUAUAACACUUACUGAUUGUUAGCAA